CUUUUUUAUUGAUCUUUAUUAUUGUGUUUAGUUUAUGCAUUUAGUUUUGUGACAUGCAAUACCAGCUCCCUUCUUAUGGUUAUAUAUAUAACACCAUUACUAGUAACAUCCCCUCACUUUUCCACUUUCUCAUCAUAAAAAGUUAUGUCUUCUUCAUCCUUUUCUUUGAGAACAAUUUCUUCUUUCUAUACCAAACCUUCCAAUACAAAAUCAUCACAACUAAACAUCUCAUCCAAAUCUACUAUCUUACCAUUCUCUUCACUCACUACACCAACACUCAACCUAAACAUUAAUACCUCAUCAUUAAACUCUUACCAAUCAAACAAGUCUUUCAUUUGCAAAAGCCAAGCUUAUCAAUCAUCUAACUCAGUCAAAGUGCAAGAACUUAGUGUUUAUGAGAUCAAUGAAAAAGAUCGUGGAAGCCCUGCUUAUCUUAGGUUGAGUCAAAAAAAUGUCAACACACUUAAUGAUCUAGUUCCCUUUAGCAACAAGUUGUACUCAGGAUGCUUACAAAAGAGGGUGGGAAUAACAGCUGGAAUAUGUGUUUUAAUUCAAAACAAAGCAGAGAAAAAAGGGGACAUAUAUGAAGCAAUAUACAGUUUUUAUUUUGGAGACUAUGGUCAUAUUUAUGUACAAGGUUCUUAUUUAACUUAUGAGGAUACUUACUUGGUUGUAACUGGUGGAACUGGAAUAUUUGAAGGUGUUUAUGGUCAAGUUAAGCUUCAUCAAAUUGUGUUUCCAUUUAAGCUAUUUUACACAUUUUAUCUUAUGGGUAUUAAGGAUUUGCCACAUGAAUUUCUUGUUGAUCCUAUUGAGCCUAAUGAUGUUAUUGCUUGUUUCACCAAUUAAUUAAGAAAUGCUGUUAAUUAAGUUUGGAUGUAAAAUUCAAAAAUGUUAUUAACUUUAUGUUGGCUAAAAGUAUACAAUAAAGUUUAUGAGACGAUAAGUAA